AUGUCGUUCAACGUUCCGUCCCAGCAGACCCAGAUCGUCUUGCGCGAGCGUCCUACCGCCGCCAUUAAUGACACUCUUGGAGCCUCCGACUCUACCUACGAGAAGCGCACCGUCCCCGUUCCUAAGGAAUCCGAGCUUCAAGAUGGUGAAGUUCUCAUCAAGGUCGAGUAUGUCUCUCUCGACCCUGCCAUGCGUGGCUGGUUGCGUGAUGCACGAUCUUACCUUCCCCCCGUCCAGAUUGGUGAGGUGAUGCGUGCUGGUGGUGUUGGUGUUGUCGUCGCUUCCAAGUUCUCUGGUCUUCAGAAGGGUGACCAGGUUAGCGGUACUCUCGGUUGGCAACAGUACGCCCGUGUUCCCGGAAAGACUGUCGAGAAGCGCACCAUUCGUGAAGGCGGUUCUCUCCUCGACUACCUUGGACCUCUUGGUUCCUCGGGCCAGACCGCCUACUGGGGGAUUUUCGACGUUGCCGCUAUUAAGCAAGGCGAUGUUGUCGUCGUUACCGGUGCUGCUGGCUCUGUCGGCUCCAUUGCUGUCCAGCUCGCCAAACUCAAGGGAUGCAAGGUCAUCGCUGUCGCCGGUGCUGACGACAAAUGCCAGUGGCUCAAAGAAUCCCUUGGUGCUGACGAGGCACUCAACUACAAAGCUCCCGACUUCAAGAAGACCUACCGUGAGAUCGUUCAGAAGAAGUACGGCUACAUCGAUGCCAUCUUCGAGAAUGUCGGUGGUGAGAUCCUCGACAUGUCCUUGCUCUGCAUGAAGCCUCACGCUCGUAUUGCGCUUUGCGGUGCCAUCUCGGACUACAACAACCCUAAACCUGACGGUUUGAAGAACUACCAGACCAUCAUUGCCAUGAGGAUUAAGUUGCAGGGCUUCAUCGUCUUCGACUAUGCCAAGAGGUACGGCGAGGCUGAGGACGACAUGACCAAGUGGAUGAAGGAGGGCAAGUUGGCAAGGAAGUUCCACGUGGUUGGCGAGGAGUUGGACGGAAAGGCAAGGGAGGAAGGCAAGAGCUUGGAGCAGUGCCCUAAGGCGUUGAAUGAUCUGUUUGCUGGUAAGAAUGUUGGUAAGAUGGUGGUCAAGGUCGGCGCCUAA